UCCUUAUGUCAUUUCGAGCAGGUUUAAAACAUUUUUAGUUUCUAAAAAAUCUAUUAGUGCAUUGAAUUUCAUAUACCAUAUUAGAUGAACAUUUGAUAUUUUAAUAUUUUUGCAUAUUACUUCAAUAACAUUUUAAACUUCUUAAUGAUAAUUUAAACAUGUAUGUUAAAUUUGUAGAUAUGUGAGAAAAUAACGAGCUAUAUGGUAUAUUUACUUGCAAAUAAGCAAAAUAAUUUUAGUGAUAUCUCAUGGUGUUUACAUUGACCUUAGCAUAUGGUUAGCUUCACUCUUUAAAAUUUAUUUUCUUAUGCUAUAAUUAAACAAUUAUUUGCUCUUUCCAUUUGUAGGAUUACAAUGGUACAAGAGAAUCUUUCGGAAUAUACCACAAGAGUUUUUCAACAAGAGCUUUUGAUUCUCCUAAUAUAAAAUCUCUGCCUUUAAAUUUAGUAAGUAAAUAACAUCUCUUGAAAUUUGUUAACAAUUCAUAUACCAAUUUUCAUAAUUUAUCAAUAUCUAUGUUAUAUAUAAAUAAAAAAAUUAUGUUAAUAUCUAUCUAUAAUAAAAGUUGAAGAGAAAUUGUAAUUCAUAUUGUGAGGUAAAGAAGAUAUUCAUUUUACUAUCUAUAACUAUAUAUUAUCUAUGAAAACAACUAAUUUUAUUAUCUAUUUAAGAAUUAGAGGAGUCUUAAUUCAUUUGUUCAGCGAGAAAUAAAGAGACGCCAUUGCACCAAAAAAUAUAAACCGCUAGAUUUGCACUCUCUUCAGUAAUACCUCUGAGAGUCUAACAUGCCUAAUGCCUUGUGCAUUCAGAAGUAUUCCCUAAGAUGCAAUCAUCUUCUAGGUAUUUUAGUCCUCUUUAUUGCGCCCAAUGGAUUGUCUUUAAAGGAAAAUUAAUACUGCUCUGAUUAUUAUUCUUAUCCUUAUAGAAAAAAUGGGGAAGAUAGAGAGACUUCUUUCUAUAUUUUGAUAAUUGUGUAGAUUGCAACAGGAGGUUGCUGGAGGUGCCAGAGAAUCCAAGGUUCUAUCUAUCUUGGUGUUGAUAUAUAAGAGUGAACACAAUGGUUAGACAUCUAUUUAUCUUCCCUUUCUAUAACUUUUCUUCUUUUCUUAAGAAUUUCUCGAUGACAAAACAAUCACCUGAAAGGAAUUUUUAGAAGAGAAUAUAGGUGUCGGCUAAUAUAGAGAAUACAAAAAAGUCAUCAUAAUGUCUAAAAUAAAUUCGGCAAAUGCUGAGAUUUACUAAAUUCGAGAUUUAAGACAAUAGAAGAGAAAAAAUGUUAAGAUUCUGUAUGAUUUAAAAUAGCUUUCUAGUAUAAAAAUUUUAAUUUUUUACUAAAAAGUUGAUUUAAGAAGCAAAAAAAAUGCCAUCUGAAACGAAAUUUUAGUUUAAAUGCUCUUUAAAGCCUGCUACCUAACAGCCUCUUAAAAUUUAAUUAUAAGAUUUAUAGUGCUCCUCUUUCACAUUCAAAAUCAACACAAUGUAGAGUUUUAACACCUUCAAAAAAUUGGUAUUUUCAUUACCCUUUUUUUUGUUACUAUUAUCUUCCUUGAAAUGUUAGAAAUGGCAUUCUAUUUGCAUUGUAGAUUAAUUAUUUUUAAAUUAUUUAUGUAGGAAUUUGUAUCAAUCAUACUUUUAUAUUUGAUGGUUGCGGUUAUUGCUGGAGCUUCCCCAGUUUAUAAUGUGAUUACAUACGGAGCAAGAGGAGAUGGCAAAACAGAUGACACUAAGGCUUUUUUGAAUGCGUGGAAAGCUGCCUGUGCAGAUCCUAGAAAUCCAUAUUUUGUUGUGACAGGCAAAGGAGGAAAGAACUAUUUGCUCAGCAAAAUAAUAUUUGAAGGGCCCUGUAGUUCCAGCUUGAAGUUUUUGAUCAGUGGAGGUCUUGUGGCCCCAAACAGAUUGUGGACAAAUCAAAUCGAUACGUGGAUCGUAUUCAAAAACAUACCAAAAAUAACUGUGCUCGGUAAUGGUUUAAUAGAUGGCAAAGGCUCCAUAUGGUGGGAUUGCUUGUCCAAAAAUCAAUGCAGGGAUGCACCAUAUAUAAUGGAGUUUAUGGGAUGUGAUUAUCUUAGAGUUAAGAAUCUUAACCUAAAGGACAGCCCUGGAAAGCAUUUAGUGGUAUACAAAAGCGAUUAUGCAACGCUGAGUGGUCUCAAAAUCACUUCUCCUGAGGACUCGCCAAAUACUGAUGGAAUUCUUAUCUCUGAUUCCCAGCAUGGCACCAUCUCAUACUCCACAAUUGGAGUAGGAGAUGAUUGCAUCGCAAUCGGGCCUCGUAGCUAUGAUAUUAAUGUGAGCCAUGUUACUUGCGGGCCUGGUCAUGGCAUAAGCAUUGGAAGCCUUGGAAAAAAUGGCGUUGAAGACAAUGUUGAGGGAAUUCGUAUCUCCAACAGCCACAUUUUUAACACCCUUACUGGUAUACGGAUUAAGACAUGGCAGGGUGGGGCUGGUCAUGCCAAGUCUAUCUCCUAUGAGAACAUCAACUUCACUUCAGUUAAAGCAGGCGUUAUAGUCAUUGAUCAGUACUACUGCCCCGAACUAAACUGUCCAAAUAAGACGGGAAAUGUGGCGAUAAGCGAGGUAUCAUAUCUGGGUUUGCAAGGAAGCUCAGUCAGUGAUGUGGCAAUCAAAUUGGCUUGCAGCUCGAGCAUGCCGUGCCGCGACAUCACCAUGAGUGAAGUGAGCUUUACUCCUCAACAAGCCAAUAUUCGUCUGCAAUCUUAUUGCAUCAAUGCACAAGGAAGUGCAAGCGGUUUUUUUUUUCUUGUUGUUGGUGGUGAGUAUGAGCUGUUCGCGGAAUGA